CUAUAGUCACUAUACGCCGUGGAUGUGUCCAGAAAGAUUCGUAUUGUAUCAUCUUUGUCAUCGAUGCGCCGGGAGUGCUGUCAAACAAUAAGUAAAACCAUCGUCGUUUCCAGCGAAUUGAUCGUGUCGCGUACGACAUGGGAGACGGCAAAGAAGGCGAACGACAGCCGCUGCUGAAAAACGAAAAUGUCACAUACAGCUCCCACGGCAGUGAUGCCUUCGAAGAAUCUCAAUCUACCGUCAAUACGGUGUCCACGAUCGGACCGGACGAACUGCCACCGCCGUAUCAGUCCGCCACUCAAGGUGGCAUGCCAAUGGUCACUUGUAGGGUCUGUCAAGCUAUGAUAGAUAUCUCUGGCAAAAGAGAUCAACAUGUUGUCAAAUGCAGCCAGUGCAACGAAGCUACACCAAUACGAAAUGCACCACCAGGGAAGAAAUAUGUACGAUGCCCAUGUAACUGCCUGCUUAUAUGCAAAAGUUCUUCACAACGUAUUGCUUGUCCAAGGCCCAACUGUAAACGUAUCAUUAAUUUAGCUCCAAGUCCUAUUACACCACCAGUACUAUCUAUGCCAGGCAUGUGCAGAGUAGGCUGUGCUCAUUGUCACGACACAUUUUUGUUUAACACAUUAAAUAAUGCUCUGGCUCGAUGUCCACAUUGCCGUAAGAUAUCUUCAGUUGGUCCAGACUUUGCUAGAGGACGGGGGAUUGUAUUUAUUAUUGUUGGGAUUAUAACUUUAAUUAUUGCUAUAGCUGUAACGCUAGGGACAUACAGAUAUGUAAAGACAAAUGGUGGAAUUUAUGUAGCUUAUGUUGGUGCAUUUUUGUUGGCGCUUUUAUGCUUGGGCCGCAGCAUUUAUUACUGUACUAUGAAGAUCAGUUUGAUAGAGGGUCCCAUGUAGUUUCCCUAAAUGAUAAUCUACUAACAAUAAUACAAAAAUCAAUCCCAUUGAAAUUAAUAUCGCGCGUAUAUAAUCUAUUAAUUAAUAAUCUAUUUAGAACAAAUGUUUAUUAUAAUAUGACAUUUCAAGUCAUUUUAAGACAAGAACGAUAGAUAUAUAACACAUGGCCAUAUGUGCAUAUAUUGUUCUGUAUUUAUAUUGCAUGUAUACAUUUUUCUAUAAUGUGUAUAUGCAUAUGAACGUUUGUAAUUAGGAAAAGGGAGCUAACACUUGUGGGGCUUUCUUCAGGUAAAAUAAGGAAUGUAGUAAAAUUUGGGGAACCCAUACUCUAUAAAGGAUUGUUCCUCUGCACUUUUAUAUACACAAGAAUAGGACCAAUAUAAUCGUAGGUUCCGAUUUUUAUUUUCAAUUUCUGACUAGUGACACACUCUACAUAUAUCUGCUUUCUUUCGACAUAUACCUGCUGUCUUAUGAUACAUAUAAAUAAAUUACAGGUGCAUAUGUGCUCAUAUUGUUUUGAACAUAUGUAUAGAAUAAGUUAAAUUCACAUCUAUAUGCAAGAAUCGUGUUUUUAAAUUCGUUUCUUACAUUCUAUAUACAAGUAUUACAUGUAUUGAAAAUAUAAGAUUGCAUUAUGUCAAAUAUAUUUCUGAAUUUAUAUCAUAGAUUUUGGCAUGUGAAUGAAAUAUGGGAUAUAAGUGCAUGAAUGUAUAUAUUAGCUAUAUUAAUAUUAAAUAAUGUCAGAUUUAAAUAUAUGGUUAUCGUAUGAAAAAUGUGCGAUACUUAAAUAUAAUUGUAAUAACUUGCCGAAGUCAACUUCGACAGCUAUAAACAUUCAAAAUGUAAAAUAUAUAAGUGUGACAUAUUUACACUGUUCUUU